CAGGUUUCAUAACCUGAAUAUUAGUCAACUUUAGCGAUUAUUAUUUCGCUUUCCGGGGCAGAGCGACGCUUUUUUUUGCCAGAUUCGUUCGUUUUAAGCAAAAUUGUAUCGAAUAAGCACAACUACAUCGAUAUUUGAAUACCAGUGCCUAAACUGAAUAAUUACCCCGUUAUUACUUAAUUCUGGUGUGCCACUAUGAGUGAAUAUUCGUCAAAAUGUUGAUUAAUUUUAACAACUUUUGUUAUUAACCUCCGAUUGUUUUUUCGGUAUCUUCCCAGUGCACACGUUCUAUCACGUCCGAUGCUACCUGUUGAAGUAUUUUAAAAAAUUUGAAAGUGUCAAUAUUUAUAGUUAUUUUUGAUAAACACCGUUUAUUGAAUAUUUUAUUUUUAAUAAACCUUGAUGCGAGUAACAAAUCUCAUUUGUUGUCCAGUGUUCAAUUUUUUUCAGGAACUAAAUAAAGGAAAGCAACUUGUUAAAAUUAUUUUUAAGGAAAUAUUCUUUUGACUAAAAGUAUUUCUCAUGAAUAAUUAUUAAUAUUUUUAUUUGUAGAAUGGCUAGGAUCUUUUGAGUCAUUUUUAUCAUUUACCUUUUUUUUAAAGAGAGUCAUAUAAACAAAUUUGUUUUACAAUUACAAGUAUAUGUUAUUUUGUUGUAGAUGCCAUUGAUCUAUGUGUGCACAUUCUGAUAGUUUAAAAUAACACUUAAUAACAUUCUACUUAUAUUGAAAGUAUUAGUUCAUAUUAUAAUAUCUUGUAAAAUAGAAAAAAGUAAAAAAAAUUUAAAUUUUAUGGAUGCAUUUUCAUUCAGAGUAGUUGUAAAUAAAAUAUGUAAUGUAAAUAAAAUAUUAGUAGCAUUUUUUAAAGUUAAAUCUUGAAUGAAAUUUUUAAUGUAUUAUAGUUAAAGAAAAAAAGGAGACGCUAUUAUGACCACCUAUUUAUAUUUUGUACACAAUGACUUUGUUAAUAAUCAAUGUUUUAACUUAAAAACAUAACAUUUUCAAUAUGUUGUCCAAUUGAUUUUAGACUCAAAAUUAUAAAAUAUCUAAUAUUAUUUAUAAAAAUGUGAUAGCACUGCAAUACAUACAUACAUACAUACAUACAUACAUACAUACAUACAUACAUACAUACAUACGAUCUUUCUCUUCAGCCAGUAGUAUAGACUAUAUACUGUAGUAUAGACUACAGUAUUAAAAAUCUGUAAUACUUGUAAUGUAACUUAUAGAUUAGCAGUAGAAUCAAUUUAUCAAAUAACUUUCGAUAUGAAAACGAGACUAUGUUAAGUUUGUUGAGUCAAUAUGUAUUGGAAGUUAUAUUAAUAAAAUCUUAUGCUAUUUAACUUUUUAUAAUUUGAAAUGUGAUAACCGAAUAAAAUGUUAAGUAACAAAAAGGUUCAAGUAUAGGGUAACUAGGCAGCGGAAAGGAGAGGUUUCCAGUUUUCUUAAAGUGAGAUAUCACAUGGCUUUUCAACUUUCUACGUGAAGCAAAGAUAAAUCGAAGCUUACUAAAAGAUUUUAGAAAUUAAAGAAAUUUCUAAUUGAAAAAAGUGUAUUUUAUGAAUCUGUCAAACAAUGCCAGUUCCUAUUGAAAAAUCAGCAAUUGAAUCUAAUAAUCGGUGCAUUAAAUCUUGUCAGAGAAUGGACAAGUUUUCUAAACUUCAAGAUGUGAUUCCUCCUACAGCCAAAGAAAUAAAAAUAAGAAAUGUAUUACAUCCAUAUAUUAUGAGAGCUUACGAAAUUGAAGAACACAAAGAGACACUGUACAUUAUUCAAGAAAAGUUGUUGAAUUUUAUGAAAACAGAUAAAACAAAAUAUAAUAAAACAAAUGUCGAAAUUGGUGAUAUGGUUUUUGUGCAACAUAAUGAUGCAGUUGGAAUUAAGUUACCAUCAUAUGUUUGCCGUGGUUUAAUAAAUUGUAUUAAAAAAGAGGAAGAUACAUAUCAUAUCCUUUUAGUGGAUCAUGGUAUCAGCAUUGAAUUAACAAGGGAUAAAUUUGAUAUAUUACCACAAGAUCUUAUCCCCAAUAAAUAUUUAACAAAAACUAUUGGUGUACAUGGUAUUUUGCCCAUCUGCAUGAAAUCUAAUUUUUUAAAUGGUUAUAACAAUAAGGCAAUUGUUGUAGAAAAAUGGACCAAAGAAGCAAUUCAGUUUACAAAACGUCUUCUCAGUGUAUCUAAAAAUAUAUAUUUUGAUCAUUUUGAUACUGAUGACAAUAAUGGAAGAGAAUAUGGAGAAUUUUAUCUUAUUAUUGAUAAUGAUGUCGUAUCAUUAAGUGAAGCUUUAUUCUUGAAUUAUCAUGCAAUUUAUAUAGAAGGAGGAUUAUUGAAACUUGUUGAAACGUACACGGGACUUAAGGAAAAAUUGUGGUACUUUUUAUAUGUAAAGUACUCAAGAAAUAGAGAACAUAGAAUCACCACAACACAAAUUAAUGAUAUUCAAAAUUCUCAUAUAAAGUUCUGGCUCAGUGAGAAGAUUUUAGUACAAAGCACAAUAGACUGUGAUGUUUUAAGUGACGUUACGGACCUUAGAUAUCCUAGACAAGUACAUCAGGGUUGGAACGAUUGCAUUAAAUCUUCCAGACCAAGAAAACUUCAAUCUCACAUGUGGCCAGCUAUAAACAAUGGUUUAAAUGUUGUUGCUAUUGGAUCAUCGCAAUGCGGUAAAACAAGCGGAUGCGUAAUGGCUGUUUGUGGUCAGAUAGCUAUGCGUAAAAAUGAAAUACAUAAAAAGAGUAGUCCGUUAGGAUUAAUUUUAUGUGCUUCAUCUCACGAAGUAAUUUGUGUUCACUCUAUGUGCGAGUCAUUUCUUCGGAUUAUUAAUAUAAAAUCUGUCGCAGCAUGUAAUGGCAACUCAAAUAUAUCAAUAGUGGCAAAGAUAUUAAGCGGUUGUCAAAUCUUGGUGACUACCCCGCAAUACUUGGUGCGAUUUCUGAAGGAAAACAAAGGCAUAUUGUCAUUCGAUAGACUUUCUUUUUUAGUACUUGAUAAUGCUGAUGUAAUUUUGAAUAAAUAUUACGAAUCGGUGUCAGAACUCUUUGCAAAACAUAAGAUAAUCGAAAAUCGCGAUCCACAAGGAAACGAUAGACCGUUAUUGCAGAUAAUUAUAUCAGCAACAAACUGGACGGUUCCGAUGAAGAGAUUUGUAAAGCUGGCGAUGUCUAAUCCAUAUAUAUGUUUCGCAUCAUUUAUGGAAGCUGUUGUUUUUAAGUCUAUACAUCCAACAAUUCACCUGUGGCAUUCUACAUACAAAAAUGAAAAACUAUUAGAUCUAUUGAAGGACGAUUACACUAAACUGAGAACAGCGAUAGUAUGUAUAAAUGCCAAAGAAGCUGAAGAAUUAAAUACGUUUUUAAUUUCGACAAAGAAAACUCUGCUAAUUCAUGAAGACAUGAAAUCAUUUGAUAUACGAGCUUUACGAGAAAGCUGGAUGGCAUGUGUAUGCGGUUCUUAUCCAGUACUAAUAUGUACUGAUUUAGUUCUAUCUGACCUCAAUUUUACUAAUGUCCAAUGGUUGAUACAUCAUUCAGUAUUGUCAAAAUUCAGAACUCAGUUUAGUUACAGAUUCUCUUUACUUUUAGAUAAUUUGACACAGGAUGCUACCAAUUGUAAAAUUAAUAUAAUUUUUGACGAGGAAAACAAUGUACAAUUUCCAAGUAUAAUAAGGAUACUGCAACGAAUGCAAGCUCCAAUAUCUCCAGAAAUGUUAUGUAACAUUAAGCGAAUAACAAAUACAUUAGAACGGGAGAAGAAGGAAUAUGCUAUAUGUGACAAUGUGAAAUCAUUUGGUUUUUGCGAAGAGGACAACGUUUGCGACUUCAGACAUUGUAUCCUUCCUGACAUUGAUGCGCCGUUGACAAAUAUACAGAUAGGUGACAAGGUGAAAUUGGUGGUAUUGUAUAUUCAUGAUACAACGCAUUUUUCUGCGAGAAUUAUCGAACAUGUUCCACGUUCCAACAAGUCAGAGAAAAUAAUAUACUCCAAUGUUGAGUAUAUGCAAACCACGGAUAAAAUACAAAGUUAUUAUAAUAAUAUCGAAAACAGGAAAAUGUGUACCUCGACAAAUGUGGGAGAUAUGUGCGUUUUUGAAGAAACUCUCGAUACAUUUAAACGAGUACAAAUCAGAUGUGUCAGAAAUGAUAGAGUCUGUUCUGACGAUGUAAAAUUAGUAGAUGUUAGGUGUAUUGACAGUGGUGUUAUACAUGAAGGCAUUGAUGUGCGUAAACUAAUGCACAUGCCAAAGGAAUUAUUAAAUCUUCCGACACAUGUUGUUGAAAUAUUUUUAGCCGAUUUAGCGCCAUGGGAUGAGGAAUAUAAAUGGAAUGUUUACACUACUGAACAGGUGCACAAGUGGUUUCUAGACAAUUACAAUACUAGUUCCUAUAUUAUUGGAAAGAUCCGCUUUCAUCUUGGAAAUACAAUAUGGUUGGACGAUUUGAAAAUUGGAACAAAGUUAAUUGGUUACCCCGAUUUGAUAGGUUCCUCUUUAAGAAAAGAACUGCUCUUGGGAAAUUUUGCAAUUGAAAGCACCAAACAUUUAUCGAGACUGUUCCAACUUUGCAGAGACAGUGGCUUAACAGUCAAUGGCUACGACAUAAGUGAUGUAGACAAAUAAAGUAUUUUUCACUAUUAUUUGCAUUUAAAAGAAAGAAUAAUCCGGGAAGUCAAUCAUUUUUUAACAUAUAUUUAUAAGAAGAUUGUAUAAUAUUUUUUCAUCUAUAUUUUGUAUUUUUUGUAUUUAAUUGUGUAAACAUCGCACACUGGAGUUAGUGGAUAUAAAAUUUUAAGGAUUUCUAUCUUUAGAUAUGAGAAAUAAAAGGAAAUAAAAAUAAUUUCCGUUGUAUUUGUUGCUAAAAUAAAAUAUAUACUUAUAAAUAUAUAAAAUUUAUAAUAAGUAGCAACUGUGUCAAUAUUCAAUAAAACGGAGUGUGUUAUAAAUCUUAAUUCAUUUGUGAUAAACUAAAAAAAUUUUCCAAUUUGAAUGGGCACGUUCAACAGAUAAACCAGAUCAGUUCUUCAUUAUAGUCCCCAUCUCUCCCUUCGAAAACUAGGACGAUAGAGCAAAGGGAUAAAAGGAAUAUCGAGACAAUACAUCUAAGAGAGUAUGUUAAUGAGAUAAAAACGGAAUAUAGCAAAAAAAUUGCCGAGACUUAAUAGAAAAUAGGAGGAUAAAAAAUAAAAUCGGCCGAUUGCGU